UGAAACCACUUUGACACGUGCGAGCUCGAAAUUUUUCAUUUUCAAUUACAAAACCCGCCUAGAAAAUGGUCUAAAUUUUGUUUGCCAGAUCGUCUCUCUCUCAAAAGCUUUUCUCUCUUUUUCUCCUUUGUCCCCUCCACUUUACCGUUCACGAAGCCAUUCCGAGCUAUCACGAAGGAAUCUAUUGAAGAUUCAUAGCGCUCAAUCACAAAUGCCAGAAGCACGAGAUCGAAUAGAGAGGCAAGUUGAUUACCCAGCCGCAUUUCUCAAUAGACGCUCGCAUGGUAUUUUACUUGACGAACCAGCAACACAGCACAAUUUGUUUGGGUCUCCGGUUCAGAGAGUGCCAUCGGAAGCUACAGGAGGACUUGGGUCAAUUGGUCAAGGAUCUAUGACGGGAAGAGGUGGGCUUGUGAGGGGUAAUUUCGGUAUUCGGCGGACUGGUGGUGGUAGAAGAGGUCAAAUUCAAUUUAGAUCGCCACAGGGACGAGAGAACAUGAGCUUGGGUGUUACAAGGCGUGGAAGGGCUCGUGCUUCAAAUUCUGUCUUACCUUCUUGGUAUCCAAGAACGCCCCUCCGUGAUAUUUCUGCCGUUGUUAGGGCUAUUGAGAGAAGGAGAGCUCGUAUGGGAGAAGGUGUUGGCCGAGAUAUUGAGACCCCAACUCCACAACAACUUGGGGUUCUUGAUUCUCUAGUACCGUUGUCAGGUGCUCAUCUCGAGCACGACUAUUCUAUGGUUACUCCCGGUCCAUCUAUUGGAUUCAAGCGUCCUUGGCCACCCUCAACUGCUAAAGUCCAUCAGAUUUUGCUCGACAUCACAAGAGAAAACACAGGGGAAGAAGAUGCCCUCACUCCAGAGAAGAAGCUCCUCAACUCUAUUGAUAAAGUGGAGAAGGUUGUGAUGGAAGAGAUUCAGAAAAUGAAGAGCACUCCUAGUGCUAAAAGAGCAGAAAGGGAGAAAAGAGUUAGGACGCUAAUGUCGAUGCGAUGAUGAUUCAUCAUCCUCUGGUGAUUCACUAGAAAGAGGUAAUCAUCUCUGUGAUGAUAUAUAGUAGGGAGAUUCUAUCAUUUUUCUAAUGAUAAAAAAGAAGAAGAAAUUCAUCUUCUGAUGAUAUAUCAUAUGGGAGAUAACUGUUAGAUAGUUCACGGGUUUAUGUUGGAUCCCUUUUACUUUUAGGCUUUUUGUAUGAUGAGGAUGUCUUCUUGAUUCAGGAUAUUGUAGUUAAACAGUUGUACAGAAGUUUGGUUUGUUGGUAGAAAUUGCAGAUGUUCUUGUAUGUGUGUAUCUGUAAUUGUCACAAUCUAGGAAGUGCCUUCGAAUAAUAAAAACUUCUAAUCAUUUUUUUUUUUUAAUUCCCA